AUGGGAGGUCAUGACGCACAUCAUGGUCCACCAUACCAAAUACCCAGCCAUGAUAUAUAUAAAGUGGAAGAUGUACCAGAAUUAAAACGUGUUCAAGAAGAAUUAGCUAAGAAAGGAUUGAGGGAUCCUUGGCUGAGAAAUCAAGCGUGGCGCUACAAAAGAAGUGCGUCGCCUUAUAUGCGCGGAUUAAUAUGUUUAACGAGAGGCUGGAGAAUUGCUAUACCAGCAUUCCUCAUAACUAUCGCUGUUGAACAAUAUUUUGGGAUCGAUUACUCAGGACAUGGACAUCAUGGGGACAAACAUGGAAAUGGUCAUCAUUAG